CACUUAAGGAGCGGCAGGAGGAGGAGGAGAAGAAAGGUGGAGAGAAAAACUUCAAAGGCUGCAGGUUGCCAUGGCAGCUGUCACUCAAGCGAUUUCCAUGGCAACGGGGUGGAGAGGGGCGGGGAUGUUGUGCUUGGUGCACCGCUGGGGAGCAAGUUCAGGCUCCCCCCUUACAAGAGGCUUGACUGCUUCGUCUCAGGCGGUGGUUGUCCAGCGCAGUUUUGGGUCCCGAUCGGCGGCCAUGGCGGCCCUCAAGGUUGGAGAUAAGCUCCCCAGCGUGGAGGUCUACGAGGGAGACCCUGGCAACAAGGUGAAUGUGGCCAGCCUCUUCAUGGGCAAGAAAGGGAUCCUUUUCGGAGUGCCCGGGGCAUUCACCCCUGGUUGCUCAAAGACCCACCUCCCAGGCUACGUGGAGAAAGCCGGACAGCUGAAAGGCAAAGGGGUGGAGAUCAUCGCCUGCCUCUCGGUCAACGAUGUCUUUGUCAUGAACGAGUGGGGGAAAGCUCACCACGCUGAGGGCAAGGUGCGGAUGUUGGCAGAUCCUACAGGGGCAUUUGGAAAGGCCACAAACCUGUUGCUGGAUAAAGAACCGCUUCGGGAGCUCUUUGGGACUAACCGAUCCAAACGGUUCUCCAUGGUGGUGGAGGAUGCCGUGGUGAAGGCCUUAAAUGUGGAAGAGGAUGGGACAGGCCUUACCUGCAGCUUGGCCACCAACAUUGUCUCCCAGCUCUGAGUCCCAGAUAGCUGGGUCUCUUCCAGAGGUUGUCCCAUCUCCUCCACCUGAAGAGCAACACUAACCACCAACCCCUCGGCAUGGCUCUCAGGUGGAAGGGGUGACACACCCAGAUGUCACGCACAAACCUAGGACACAGUAUAAGCAACUCCCUGGGGAGAAGGAUGCUUCAUUUAGCUGCUUUAACCCCAGCUCUGGAAGUUCAGUAUUCUUGGGUAUAAUCAUCUGAAAUAAAGCUAUAUUGAAUUAUCUAUUGAAUCAAAAUAUUAUUUAC